ACCUCCUCCUCCUCCUCCUCCUCCUCACUUCAUUGCGCAGUUUGGAUCAUGUUUAUCAAGAGCUCCACUUUUCCCACACGCGCCGAUUUGCGGGAUUUUACGUGUUUCGUGGGAAAUCGGUAUAACAUUGUACAAGGAAGAGUUCAAGUGAGCGUGUUCUCUGUGUGAGGCUUUCUCCAAAGGACAUGAGGGUUAGAUCCCUCCAGGAGCUGGACAUCUAUGGUUCCUCUCUCCUCUCAUCCCACGGCAGAGGGACUCGUUCCUGUUCCUGAUCCCCAGACCUCCCCCUCCCCGAGUCUUUCCCUAAUUCAUGACCCAGCAGGAUGCAUCAUCAUCUGUGCGAGCUCUCUCUGAGCGUCUCCUCAUAGCCUCGCACAAGGGCCAAGCGGAGCAUGUGGUUCAGCUCAUCAACAAAGGGGCCAAGGUAGCCGUUACCAAGAAUGGCAGAACACCUCUGCAUUUGGCUGCCUAUAAAGGCCACAUUGCUGUUGUGAGGAUUCUGCUCGCUGCUGGAUGUGACCUGGAUAUUCAAGAUGAUGGUGACCAGACAGCCGUGCACAGAGCCGCUGUGGUGGGGAACACGGACGUCAUCUCCGCGCUCGUUCAGGAAGGAUGUGCACUUGAUAGACAAGACAAGGAUGGGAACACUGCUCUACACGAGGCUGCGUGGCACGGCUUCAGUCAGUCUGUCAAACUGCUGGUGAAGGCUGGAGCCAACGUUCACGCUAAGAACAAGGCAGGGAACACGGCUCUUCACCUGGCGUGUCAGAACGGUCACGCUCAGAGCGCGAAGGUCCUGCUGCUGGGCGGCUCUCGGCCCGACAGCAAGAACAGCGUAGGGGACACGUGUCUGCAUGUGUCUGCCCGGUAUAACCAUGUGACCGUGAUCCGAGCGCUCCUGGGUGCCGUCUGCUCGGUUACUGAACGAAACCACGCAGGGGACUCCGCUUUACACAUCGCAGCUGCGCUGAACCACAGGAAGACUGUGCGCAUGUUACUGGAGGCCGGGGCCGACAGCCGCGUCAAGAACAAUACAGGAGAGACGGCCCUCGAUCAGGCUCGUGAAAAUAAUAAUCCUGAAGUGGCUCUGCUGCUCACCAAAGCCCCGCAGAGCUUCACUCGAGGACGCACUGUGAGGAAGAGGAGGGACAAGAUGAAGACCGAGGGUCGAGCACAGUCGGUCCCUCGCGAGGAGAUGCUGCCGAGAAAGGACAGUGUCUCUCCAGCCAACGACACUCACGGCAGCGACAGUUCUCUCCGGCACAACGACACCGGGUUCCUCACAGAGGCACGUGCGAACAAAACCAGCGACAAGAAGGUCAAAGACAGGCUGUCCCCAUCAGAUGCCCUCAUCCGAAGACAAAAUAAACACAGCGAUCAUAAGAAGAAGAGUAAAACCGAGAGAUCAAGUCCCUCAGCUCCUCUUCCUCCUCCUCCUCAUAACUACAAGGCUUACCAGCUCUAUACUCUCUACAGAGGCAAAGAUGGCAAGAUCAUGCAGGCCCCAGUGAAUGGCUGCAGGUGUGAGCCGCUCAUUAAUAAACUGGAGAACCAGCUCACGGCCACUAAAGAGGAAAUGCAGUCCGAGAUUCACACUGUACAAGAGCUCAUGAACAGCAAGAUGGGCCAACUGGACCGCAGGAACAAACACCAGAUCCGAGCUCUGGAUAAGAUCACUUUAGAGAGAGUGUCCGCUGAGAGGACUGAAUGUUUACAUCGCAUCGACAAGAGAGCCGUACAGGAACGCUUGGAAGGAGAAAAAAGACAGCAGGCUUCAGUGGUCAACGAUAUCAAGAACUGGUGCCUUUCUAAGAUCCAGAGUUUGGAGACGCGUCUCUCUGGCGAUCGCUGCGACUCCAAGUUGCGGCGCUCCUCAUCCCUCACUGACACGCUUUCGGAUUGGGAUCCCCAUUCCCACACAGCUGUCCCAGACACAUCUGGGGGCGGAGCAUGUUACUCUCCGUCAGCAAACCAGCCCGAGCCGAGAGAUGGAGCGGCGAACACGUGUCCUGAGGACGGACCUGCCAGUUACUAUGUGAUCGAGGUGGACGUCUCUCCGGAUAAGCAGUUGUCACAAAAUCAAUCUGCGCCCCAGUCUCCUUGUAUAGUCCGGCCUAAACAGCGAUCUCGGGCCUGUAGUGACCCUCAUCGAAUGCAAGAUGAGCCUCGGGACUCGAGUCUGGAGCCGGGACGCGUCCCAGAUCAGGACUGUGAGCAGAAAUGUGCGCUCGAGCACAAGAACCUCAAAAGACGCACCCAACAUAAAGCAAAGACCAAACCAAACACACAAGCCUUGGCGAGUUCAGGAGAGCAGCGCGCCACCGAGGCUUCCUUCGCCCAGGAGCGGGAGAACAUGCACGCGCUGGAGGUCACACAGUACUUCUUUGAGGCGGUGACCCUGCAGAUGGAGCGCUGGUAUGAGCGGAAGAUCGAGGAAGCAAGAUGGCGAGCCAACCAGAGGGCCGAAGUCGACAGAGCCGCCCUGCUGGACAGAAUAAGCUACCUUGAGGAUGAACUAAGACUGCUGAGAACUAGCAAACAGGAGGAGAGCUAGUGUAGAAGAAGCCACUGGUGUAGCAGACACUGUAACUCACGAGGUUCCCGAUGGAUUAGUGAGUUUCGAUAGAGCAGCUAACACAUGUAGAUAACACUGAAGUAACAAAGCAUCUGAACAGAGUUUGAGCCGAAACAUACUCUACGCAAGUGCUUGAAUGCAAACGUGUGCUGAAAUUUGCCAGAACACAAUUCAUAAAGAAGGGCAAGUAGCAAUGCAUUCUCAGUGCUGCCACAAGGAGUGCCAUAGAGCGCAACAGUUGGAUUAUGGAAGUAAAAAUCCAAUUUUUUAACAAUAUCUUAUUAACCUUUAAAGAAGGACCUACUGCGAGAUACAAGGUUGUUAAUUGUUAUUAUAAUGUGAACGGAUGGCUUCAACAAAAGCAUAUUUCAACUUAUUUUUAAAAUACUUGUUUAACAGGUGAAGACAUUUCUCAUUAUGCUGUCCUAAAAAUUCCACCAAUAAGAGUUUACAGUGCACUACUACCAUGAUGCACUGCAAAUGACUGUAAUCCAGUCAGUCUCAUGAUGCUGUCAAUAUACUUAAGUCCCAAUGAAAUCAAAAUUUAUAUAUAGAUUUUUACAGAAUGUUGCAGUUUAUUAUAAAUAGUUGAUCCCUGCAUAUCAUUAUUAUUUAAAUACUAAUGCCCUCGUCAUCUUUAAUCAAAAAUAUUAACCUCCUCGAGACGGCGUAUGGGUCUCGUAAAUAUCCUUCACGAUUGACUGCAAACUGGCUCUCAGAUAUGCCUCCGUAUUUAGUAAGCAAUGCCCAAUUUCCUAAAAUCCACGCAAUUCCCCAAGGGCGAAAGUCUCGCCCUACUUUUUUCUCAUUCCCAUUUUCACUCGGAUAUCAGUCACAAUAGGGACGAAAUACUAUCGUUGGUUUCAUAUUGACUUUUAGUAUUUGUGUGUCUAUAUAUAUAUGCAUAUUUUGCAAUAAACUUUAUAUAUAGAUAUUCAUCAACAACUUUAAACGAGUAGUUAUGUCCCCAUUGUUUGUAAUUUGAUUUGACAUUCGCAAUGCUUCAUGGGAUUGUAGUUCCUUUAUUCAUUAAAGCUAUACAGUCUUAUCGUUUUGUCCAAUUUUCUAAUAACUUUUUGCUUCAAAUCAAAGUUUGUACUGUUGUGAUUCACCUUGUAGCUAAUUGGCUUUGGUUCAUGGCUUUAGCAAAGACUUUUUUUUUUAAUAAUGGAAAAAAUACUUCCAGAACCAACACCACUGAUAAAGUAUAGAAAGCCUUAUAGCAUAAAACUCUCUUCUCGGGUUUGUUGAAUGAAAAGCAAGAGCAAAGUUGCCAUGCUUUCAAAGCCCUGUUCAAGACUUUGCGCCUGCAUUUGUGCACUUGCAUAGAUUAUGUGUCUGGCUUUACAGUCAUAAUAUUUUACCUCUUUCAUAAAGCUCUUUGGUUUCUAAGCCACACAGACACUUCUGUUUCAAUGUGAAUUGAAAUUCAAAGGAUAAAAACUUUAAAUAUACGGUAUAAUGUUUCCUUGAUUAUAUAACAGAAAAGAAUUAAGAAUUGUGCAUGAGCGCAAUAACGAAUAAUACUCAAAUUUGGUGAAUAGGAAGAUUACUAAAUUAAAUUAUGCCGCUAUUUUUUUUUUGUUGCCAGAUCAUAUAAAAUCAGUGAACAAUGGAACAAUGAUGAAAUAAGAGUAACAAAAUCACCGUGAUAAAAACAAGUAUUAGUUUGUGUAAUGUCUUUGUACAUCGACUUUCUUGCACAAAAUGAAAGGUCUUAACCUGUGAUGUUUCAUUUCCAUGUAGUCUGUAGUGAAAGUCUUAAAAACACAUGAUGAAUUAAGUGUUUGCAACCUUAUUUUAAGUGUUCGUUCCUUUGCCAAUAUUGGUAGAUAAAUAAUAUAAUUUUUAAAAAGUUUUUUUUAAUCAUUCAAAAUUCAGCACACAUGGGUAGGGGAGAAACUCUGUCCCUUUCUAUGGUAACAUGUUUUGUGUUGGCGACGGCUACAAAAUUCAAAACCCUGACACUGUACACCAAUCAAUCACUUGAGUGCCAUUUCAUGUGGACUUUACAGAUUCACAAACGUUGACUGACUCCAUCAUCACCACCAUUGAUCAAGACACGUCCCCUCUAUGAAGACUGAACCUAACCUGUAGAUCGUUGUUGUUAGCACUGUUAAAAAGCAUCAGAAACUGCCAGUGGCCAAUGCGGUUGAUUGUGAACCAUGUACUCUAAAAACUAAUAUGUAAUGUACACACUUUUUGAUAUAUGUUAUAACUAUAAUUGUUUACAGCUGCUUCAAAGGGAAAGACGUUUGUCAUACAGCUGUAUGAUCAAAAAUGAAUGUUUAAUAAACUACAUCCAUGUAAAUUUGUAGACAAAAAACAUCUGGAAUCAGAUUGAUGGGCCAUAAAGGCCAAUUUUUGUCUAAAUUAUACAGUACAUGCACUUCU